AUGGCUCACAAUGAUACUGGAGAGUUCAGGCGCAAGACCUCGCAGUUUAGAUCCGUCAUACCCUCUGCGCAGUACCCAGCUGAGGCCGGUCGAUAUGUCCUGUACAUGAACAACCUUUGUCCAUGGGUCCACCGAACCCUCAUCGUGCGAUCUCUCAAGCACCUCGAAGAUAUUAUCGAGACUGUCGAGGUCGAUUCAUACGCUCCUGGUCGAGGUUGGACUUUCUCUGGCAAAUACGGCCCGGAUAAGGAUCCCAUCACAGGCCUCAAGACCAUGCCGGAGGUCUACGAGAAGCACCACCCUGGCUGUUUGGCGAAUGGCAUUGCUUCUGUACCUGUAUUAUUUGACAAAAACACUAAUACCAUUGUUAACAACGAGAGCAGCGAGAUUAUUCGCAUGUUCUAUACAGCUUUCGAGUCCAUCGUACCACUCGACGCGACGCCAACAGUAGACUUGCUUCCUGCCGACCUCAAGGACGAAAUCGAAGCUAUGAACACCUGGGUCUACGAACAAGUCAACAACGGCACCUAUCGUGUCGGCUUCGCAACGAGUCCCCAGGCUUACAGUGCUGGCGUCGAGCGCUUCUACGACGGCCUCGGCCGCCUCGAGACGCAUCUCUCCGAUCCAGCGCACCGGCCUUAUCUCUUCGGUACACGGCUUACUAAGGCUGAUGUGCGCUUGUUUCCGACGAUUGUACGAUUCGACAUUGGCUACGUUGGGUUUUUCAAUCGCAGUCCGGGCGAUGCAAAAUUUAUUAGGGACUGGUAUCCAAACGUGGACAAGUGGUUGAGGACGCUGUAUUGGGACGAGAGCGCAGAGAUCAGCGGUGCUUUCAAGAAGAGUGUUGAUUUUUCGAAGAUGAGAGAGGGUGUUGCGAAGGUUGAAGGUAUUGAUAAGGACUUUGAGCUGCCGGAUAUAGAUAUUUUGCCAUUGGAAAGCGUAGCGUAG